AUGUGCGCUGGUUUGAUGGAUGCCUCAGGCUAUCUACAGACCUUGGAGAUGAUUGAUCGUUCCCAACUCACCGAGACCACCAUCGAUGGGACCUUGCGACUGGUCACGGUCUUUGGCGACGCGACGCAGACUGCGGAGGCGCCGACCGGGUCGUAUGAGGAGCGACGUGCCACCAAGGAGAUCUUGAACGAUCUGUCCCAGAACGCGGAAUUCUCCAAUGUGAUGGAACAACGAAAGAGUAUCGUUCUGGUGCGAGGAGCGCUCGGACACCAGGUGGCCCAGUUUCUGUGCCGGGCUUUGGACAUGAGGUGUAGCAUUAUCUGGCUGUUGGACUUGCCACAAGACUUUUUGCUGGCGCGAGCUGAAGUGAUGGCCAACUACAGUGAGGACAUCAAAAGCAGCCGAGCGGUGCUGAUCCUCCCCUUUGACCGCUACGACCUGAGCGCUACGACCUUUGUGGACGGAACGAGUUCCGCGACGGAGGAGACCGAGCCGCACGGUGCGUGGGAACAUCCGCAUUGGGAGGCACUGGCUCUCUCCUUGGCGCAUGCGAUGGCCCUGGAAGCCGAGGAGGACCUGGUCUUGCAUGUGGCGCUUCACCACGAUCUCACUGAUGCCAGCGACGAUCUGGCCGUGGUGUCUUGCCGACAAAGCUGUCGAGUGGGCUUCGUGCAUGGGCUGGCACAUAUGGAGCAGAGGCAUUUUGUGAAAACUGGACUGGCCAGUGGCAUCCUGUAUGGAGGCUUUGCCCAUCAGACGCUUUUUCAGAGCCUGGAUCUGGGGGACUUUGGUAGCCAGAAGUAUUGGGGCUCAGCCGCUGGUCACCUGAAGCUGAAAGGCUUGUUCUCCUGGCUCCACCCCCACGCGAGGCACAUGACUGACUUGACGCAAUUCGGGCUCUACGUGUUGGAACGCCGGAGACUUCCACUGCUCAGCGAGAUCAAUGCCAUUGUCUCCAUGCCCGGAUCGGGACAGUCCUAUGUGCGGAUCCUCUUGGAGCUCAUGUCUGGUCGCCCCACUCGGGCCCUGGAGUCCUUCUAUGCGCGCCAGGGACAGAGUCUGGCGGAAUGCUUCCCCCAGUUGAGCUCAGUGGAUGUGAAGGCAGAGCCAUUGGCUUGGGUGGCGCAUUCCAUCUUCGAAGCCCGCAAGAUCGCAGUCUUGUCAGAGGUGAGGUCCCUUGUUGUGAUUCUGCGCGAUUAUGCCAGCCUGUGGCUGCGGACCAAACUCUCGAAGGCGUCCUUGAAGAUGGAGGACUUUGUGGGAGAAUACAUGAACAAUUUGGAGACUCUGCCCUGGGUCUUGAGUGGCAAGACACUGGUGCUCUAUUUCGAGGAGCUCGUCCGAACCACCACCUUACCCAGCAGCCUUCUCGAGGUUCUGAACCUUGACCCAGCGCGCCUGAACUUGGAGGAUCACUCCGAAGUGCGGACCACAUCGAAGCUGAAAGAGGUCGCGGACCACUGUGAUGAGUUCGCGGGCGGCUGCCAUGCGAGCUGUCGUAAUCUAAAGGUGGCCUAUGGCAAGUCAAUGCAUCCGCAACCAUCCGCACCCAAAUCAAUGUCAGCCGAUGAUCUGUCGGAGAUUUUUCUUUUGGAAGAGUUGCUCUGUAAGAGGAAUCCAGAGAACGUGAGGAAAUUCCUGCUGCGGAAAGGUUGGGGGAGCGGUUUCCUCUCAGGAUGUCGGGGCCGCCUCGCCACCUUUUACCCUCGCCCAAGUGAGGGCCCUGACCACCCGAGCGGGGAAAAGGACGUCGGGGGAGAGAUGACUCAGGGGAGGUUGACUCAUCGAUCCUUGAGAUGA